UCUUUUCCUCUGGUUUCAUUCACAACUUCCUCUGCUUCUGCGACACGAGGAGACUACCCGAACCAGACGGAAACAGAGAGUCGAAUCCAGAGACGUCUCCUAUCUCACCUCGUCUCGGAUUCUCAUCACCGACGAUACGAUGCUGCGCGCGGCGGGGAAGAGGCUCCUCGGCGCGGGGAUCCGGUCCCCGCGAGCGGCCGGCGGCGGGGAUGCUCCCGCGGCGCCCGCUGUGGCGGUGGGGGCGGCGAGGAGGGGGUACCACGAGCGGGUGGUGGACCACUACAGCAACCCGCGCAACGUGGGGGCGUUCGACAAGGAGGACGCGGACGUGGGCACGGGGCUCGUGGGCGCCCCCGCGUGCGGGGACGUCAUGAAGAUGCAGAUCCGCGUCGACGAGGCCUCGGGGAAGAUCGUCGACGCCUGCUUCAAGACCUUCGGCUGCGGCUCCGCCAUCGCCUCAUCCUCCGUCGCCACUGAGUGGGUGAAGGGAAAGCAAAUGGACGAAGUGAUAGCAAUCAAGAACACUGAGAUCGCGAAGCAUCUGUCGCUGCCGCCGGUGAAGCUCCACUGCAGCAUGCUCGCCGAGGAUGCCAUCAAGGCUGCAGUGAAGGAUUACGAGGCGAAGAAGGCGAAGCCGUCGCUGAAGGCAGACGAGUAGGCAAGGCAACCCAUAAAGACGGCAGCCAGCUAGCUCGUGCUAUUGACAGGGCGUGUACAUAUACUCCGUAUAAAUAAACUGCUGGAACUGGUGACCCUUGUAUAGUGUGUCGUGUAUCCGGCAAAUAAGCUGCUGUCCGUGGCCGAUAGCAGUGUAUUGAUAACAGGUUCCAUUUUGUACCAAAGAUGGAGAGAAUCGCGCCCGAAUUCAUAUGCUUUGUUGUUAAUUUGCCCGCUCUAUUUCA